CGAAAGCUUGCGAGGAACUCGUGGAUUGAGUCCCUCUAGCGACAGCCGUCCUACAGCGGAUCAGACUGCAGUUGCGUAUGAACCAUUCCCACUGUAUUGAAGAAUCUUCGCAGAAGAAGGCCCGAAGUCUUCCUCAUACACACGGGCGCUUUAUCUAGCCGCACUGCCCAUCGGCGUCGAUGGUAGCUGGGAUCUACAAGCGUCUGCUCUCAUUUGCCUGGGAAACAUGAAGGCUCGAGCGGCCAAGCGUGAACCACACUUUCUUCCGUUUGUACUCCAUCUUUCACAUAUAUAAUUUGUGUAGUUCACGAUUCGGAAACAGUCACUAUGAUUCUGGCAAUAAAUCGAUCGCAUGAUGAUCCAGUUGUAAACAACAAUGCUAGGAACUGACAUGCGCUCCAGGGAGAGCCACAAUUAUGAUCUCGCUACCGCUGAAAAGGUCUGUAAAACGUCCUGUUGGCCACUGGAAGGAAGUACAGGUUCCCAGACAAUUAAUCAUCACCAGCAUCCAUGGUCUUAGAUGGCACGCACUUCAUACGGAAGGCAAACUCGCGAGUCUUCGUUUGAGGUACUCAAAGUGAACGCAUCAUACUCGAUUCAUCUGUCCUUGUUGCAGUUCUACAGGCUCUGAGGACCUUAGGCUGAGAACUACCGCUGAUCGACCUGAAAUGUAAGCAUUGCCAGUUUGGGCGUCCUGUGAGGUAACUGCUACAAAUGCGUUUCUCAUACAAUCAUGCCUACGGCGUUCAGAUCGAGAAAAGUGAGAAAUACAAGGACAAGCCCGUCGAACUCCGUGGUCCAGGAAGUUUCUCGGUCACCGGGGCGGGCUACUGGUCGUUAGUCGGUCCUUGUACCUUUCACCUAUUGAUCUGGAAGUCUGACCGUUUCGCCUCAAGGUGCGACCGACAUCGUGGAGACAUUCGAAGGAAAGACAUGCGAACUUGGGUCACUUGUCAAGUUAGUCAGGCAUUUUGUGGUCACUCGACCAUGAACUGCUCGAGGAAGUCGGCUUAGGGUUAAGAAUAUUGAAUCUUUCUGCCCGAGAGAGACUGGAAUUCGGAUCCCGUGUUUCCUUCGGGAUAAGAUUCUUCGCUGCCAACAUGCAGGCUUGUGUGCAUAAUUUCUCGAUAAAUUUCUUAUCCCUCAGUUGCCGCAAUGAGCUCAGUUAAAAUCUGCAGAACGCUCGUCCUGGAAGACUUCCUUGCCCUGCGACGUGACCUCGCACGAAAAUCUCAAAAGGCAGAUUGCAUUCCGUGUCAUGUUCUAUCUUUUUUCUGCUUGUGUCAAGGCGGGAAACUACCGCGAUCUUAUUUAAAGCGAGAGGACGAGUCUGCGGGAAGCACGAUGAUGUACAGGGGGAGCAAGGACAAAGUGGCAAAUAAAAUCUUGUCCUGACGUGCAUUUAAUUGUCUACGUUCUUCUCCGUCGAUCUUUUCACAUUGUCCGUGAUUCAGUGACUCGGUUUUUUGUGCGUAA